CAUCACAUUUUAGUAUGAGGUGUUCCAUUGUUUCUACAUAUUUACCACACGCAGUACAUGUGUCUUCUUCUUCGUUAAAUUUCUUUUUAUAGCUCCGUGUUCUAAGACAUCCUGAUCUAGCUUCAAAGAGUAGGGCACUGCCUCUUGAGUUAUCAUAAAACGCUUCCUUCCUGAUCUGCUGUUUCCAGUAUCGAUAUAGUUCUACGCUAUGCUUCUUUUCCAUUGAAUUUAUCCAAUUUUUACCUUCCGCAUUUUUAACCUGUCGUUUAAUGCUCUGUCCUUCUUCGUCCUCGUGUCUGGCAUACUUACUGGUUAGCUUCCUAGUUCUUUUCCGCCAUUGUGAGUCAACGCUCUUUCUGUAUAGGUAUUUAAACACCUUAGCUGCCCACCUGUUAUCAUCCAAUUUCCUCAGCCGUUUUUCGUAUAGGAUUUUACUCUGAUUUAAUUAGGUUAUAAAAGCGCCACCUACAGCCGUCGGUUGAACGAAAGUGGGCGCAAGCUGCUCCCAUAGAAGCGGAUAUCUGUACAGGUCUCGAGUUCCAAUAGGUCGUGUGCUGGCCAGUCUCGCAUUCGUGGCCCACGUGCGGUGCCAGUAGGUUGUGUAAUGAGCCAUUAUUGCUAUUAGGAAAUAGAAAAGCCUAAGAUCAAGAAAGCUCUUUCGAUACAGGCUAGCACGGAACGCUCCAUUCCAACGUUGCAGCAGUUAGUAUUCUGAGUAUGCCGCGGGCGUGGAAAGGAAUCACCCGCACGCCUAGGCGUUACAAGGAGGCUGCGCGCAUCGUUGACGCCCUGAACACGUCCUCGGAAUCUCUUGAGUCUUUGGUGACUAGUUCCCGCAUGCCGAACAAGACCCAGCUGGCGGCACUGGUGAUACAAGUAUCUAAGAAGCUGCCAGUCUUGGAGGCAGUGGUUUCACAGAGCCCACUUCUGGAUGAGGGCCUGCCUAAGGCCUUAGCAUUGGUUCUGGUGCAUGAGGCACUGUUUGGGGUGCGGCCUCUCCCUCCAGGGAUGUGUGCCCGUGCUGACCAGGUGCUUGCUUGCCGGCCCCAGCUUGAGAAGGCUCUGGCAGAUGUGUCCAGGAAAGGGAAAGUUUUGCCAGCAUCAUUGCCUCGCUACGCUCGUGUCAACACUCUACUGCUGAACACGUCUACCGUGAUAAGACACCUGGAGCAGCAGGGCUUCCGGUGGGUGCGUUACCCACGCCGACGUGGACUACCGUGGUUCUUGGAGCGAGUGCGCCACUUAGAGCCACAUGAGUUCCUCAAGGACUUUCACCUACGUGAUUGGCUUGUGUUUGGCACUGGCGCGAAGCUGAACAUGCUGGACCUUGUGGAGAACUUGCAGCUUCUACUGCAGGACAAGGCGUCGGGUAUGGCAGUGAUUGCCUUGGAUCCCCAGCCAGGUGCAGUACUACUGGAUGCCUGUGCAGCCCCAGGCAUGAAGACCUCGUAUGCAGCAGCGCUUAUGAAUAACACAGGGAGGAUCUUGGCUGUGGACAGGAGUGGGGAGAGGGUAGAAGCAAUGCAACAGCUGGUGAAAAACGGCGGCUUCAAGUCCAUCUGCUGGGUGCAGGAGACCGACUUCUUGGAGAUUGACCCGCAUGCAGAACCUCAGAGUUCUGCUGAGCUCAUCAUGGUAGACCCAUCGUGCUCUGGUACAGGCCUCUGUGACCGACCAGGCCCAGACCUGGACCCUGAAAGUGCUGAAGGCAAAGAGCGGCUGCGGCGACUAAGCUCUGUGCAGAGUAUGCUGCUAAAACAUGCCCUGCGUUUUCCCCACUGCAGGCGUGUGGUCUAUUCGACCUGCUCCGUGCUAAGACAGGAAAACGAGGAUGUGGUGGCAGAAGCUCUGGCAUGGGCUAAGGAACGUUUUGUGUUGGCCCGCGCUUUGCCUGAGCUACCUUUUCGCGGCCUAGGUUCACAGGGCAGCCACUGUGUGCGCCUUGGACCAGACAAUUUGCUCACCAGGGGCUUCUUCCUGGCCGUCUUUGAAAAAGCAUCCCAAUGCUGAGUUAUAAGGAAGCACAGGUUGUGCCUCAUAGUUGUUACUUGCAUUAUGCAGGGACAUUAUGUGAAAACUUCGAGCCUUUACACUCUGGACAUAGAGUCGUUAGUUUGUAUUGUUCACUAUCCAAAAUUCACUUAAACCUUCUUUCACUAUUACCGGAAGUGCCACUACAAUGCAUUUGGUGCAUUUGUGAAAUGCAUAUGAAUUUUUUUACAAAUAGGGCUAAGCACUGUCAAGUUAUUUCUUAAGGUAGUGCAUGACAGUUGCCAUCCGUAAAAAGAAGCAUAGAGCUUGAAGAAAUGACCUUAUGCUGGUUUUCAGCUGUAGUUCUACAAAUGUUGACUUUGGUUUUAUAUAAACGGGGCAACGUCGCUGUGCUGGUCAGUGGGGCAUGCCUGUGUACUUUAUUGCUCCAUUGUCUGUUAUCCCUAUAAGUGAAAAAACUGGCAGCUUUACUGUCAGAAGCAUACUUUUGAAGCAAAUGGACUGAAAGUUUCACCUUUAAGCCCCUUUUCUUGCCUGUGUGUAGCUUUACAAGAGUUCUUGCAAAACGAUUUCAAGCUGACGUCCUUUGUUUUCAUUGUAACACUGGCACCCCGACUGUCACUAAGCACAUUUUUGCAUUAAAUAAAGUUAGGAUAUUGUUUUCUGC